AUGGCGGAGCCACCACCGUCUUACCAUCACUUCGUGGGUCCUUCGAAACCUCGAUCAUCGGGCAAACGACACUCUUUCUCCUCUUCUUCUGGUACGACUUGCCACCGUCUCUUCCCUUGCCAGUACUGUCCUCGCAAGUUCUACACCUCUCAAGCUCUCGGCGGUCACCAGAACGCUCACAAACGCGAACGCGCCGCUGCUCGUCGUAACCUCGGCGUCCUUUCUCACUCUCCACCCAUCCUCGACGACACCACCACCUUUCUUCGUCAUCCUUUCCCUUGUUUUUACCCUAACCCGAUGAACCAAGGACCUUCUUCUCCUUCUGGACUCGGACCCGGUCAUGAACAGACGGCGAUGAUGAUGACCAUGGGUGGCGGUGGCGCUGGUGGUGGUGACUACGAUCCGUUUCCGUAUCCUUACGUGUACCCUUUUGGAUUGUCUGGUAGUAACGAGGGUAACGGUGUCAUGAUGGAAGAAGACGAGCCUCUCGAUCUCGAUCUCGACCUCUCUCUUCGUUUAUGA